AUGCCUUCUUCUCGUCGGAGCGUCCAAGGCCGGGCUGCCGCUGCCUCACGCCUGCCCCUUAUUACCGUCAUCAACAACAACGAUCGCGGGCGCUCUUCUCGUCGCACGUCCACCACCCGCGCGCGUCAAGCCCCCUACUCCUCCCGCCAGGGAAAAAGGCCCAAGAGAACCUCUAUCGCAGCCUUGGAGGAGUCGGACCUGGAGGACUUCGCGUCGGAGUUCCACCCCUCCGACUGCCAGGCGGACACAGACAGCGACGUUGAGUGCACGCUGGACUCCAGCGGCGACUCGCCGAGGCCCGACCUCCUGGCCAAGCCCAAGCGGAGGAAGCCGGGCCCGCAGAUGCGCUUCGUCGACGACAGCCCUCGCCCGUUCACGGACAGCCCUCGCCCGGUCACCAAGGACAGCGCCGCGGGCGACGCCGAGGCCACAUCUCGCGCCAGCGGCAUGAUCGCGGUGCUCGGCGCUCAUUCCACCCCGGGGUGGGUGGGUCGUCCUUUCGCGGUGGGGGCGGGGCUUCUCACCAACGUCCUCGUCAAGCUGUUGCUCGUACAUAGUCAGCACCGAGCUCCGUUUCUUCCCGCCCGCCUUCCUCCGCGGCUUCGACGACUGCUCGCCCCGCGACGACGGGCCAGCGUCCCACCUCUGGCGGCACGGACCGGCCUGGACACGGUGGGGAAGGAGGCUCUUCUCGCCGUGCGUCCGACCCCAGCACCUCGGCUGCCGCCGGGGGGCUGUCAUCGCAGGGACGCGGCAGCUCUACGUCUUAUCGAGGGCGUGCCGUCGGCUACAUCUCCCGCGAAGAAGCGACACCAGCCACGACGGGGGGAACUGCUGACUCAUCUUCGGCCCCGCCCAGCUUCACCCGGAUCGGGGGAGGGUCUUCACACAUGCCGGGAGAAGGCGGCGGACGUUUAAGCUCAGUGGUCAUCACCUCGGAUAUGAGCCGCGAAUCAUUGUACCAGGCACUGGUUGCUGUGGGCAUCUCGCUUGUGUCCAAGGCGGCCCUACUCGGGAUUCUCAUGUCCGACGUGGCACCCGCACACCAGGAAUCACACCAGCAGCUGGUGAGCUUCUUCGUAAUCUUGUUUUUUUUUUUUUUCUUGCGUCUUUGAUCUUGGCGCGUCAUUCUUCUCGUGAAUGUGGCUUCACCCCGUGUUCGGGUUAGCACGCCUGCUUUCUUGUCGUCCUCACAUACUGUAUUUUCACUCUGCCAAUUGAUUCGCGUGUGAUGUUGUGCCCCCCCUUCCUAUUCCUCGUCGAGUUGCUUGAUGUUUGCACAAAUAAACGGUAACCAUCACCCCCGCUCCCCGGCACGUGUCCGUAUACUGAUAUGGGUACUGAUCUCCCCCCCAAACGUCCGCGGCCGAUUCUCCGUUUUCUGCCGACCUUUUCCCGAAGAUCGGUAGGUCAAGUCCACCAUGCGCAAGCACGCAAGAAGGCCGGGGAAGGGGGAGCGUUUGUCCAAUGGGAUCUUCGCUGCCAUCAUCUGCGUGUACAGCUACGCCUUCGUCGGCGCAGCCAAGGCCCAAUUCUCUGGGGGACAGAAAGGCGACGAGACAAACAACGUCUUCCUCGCGGCCGGGUGCCACGUGUGGGUAGCGGCGGUGUCACAAAAUGUGGCGUCCUGCAGCAGCGGAGGUGGCGGUGCUGCUGUAGCUCGUAGACUUUGUAGUCUACCACAGAGGUUACACUGCUGUCACCGCUCUAUCACAGAGGUUGGUCUACACUGCUGUGAGAUCGGUAGGCCCGAGCGAGCUUUGUAAAGAGAAAUGAAUAUAGAUGUUCUUAUCAACUGACUCCCUGGUUAGGCUUUAAAUGGGUGUNGUGUGGGUAGCGGCGGUGUCACAAAAUGUGGCGUCCUGCAGCAGCGGAGGUGGCGGUGCUGCUGUAGCUCGUAGACUUUGUAGUCUACCACAGAGGUUACACUGCUGUCACCGCUCUAUCACAGAGGUUGGUCUACACUACUGUGAGAUCGGUAGGCCCGAGCGAGCUCUGGAAAGAGAAAUGUAGAUAGAUUUUCUUAUCAACUGACUCCCUGGUCAGGCUUUGAUGGGUGCUAGAUGAGAGUGAGCACAAGGGGCGAAGGCGCGCAUGUGUCUCAUCUCAACAACAAAACGA